UCUCUGGAAAUGGAGAAAAUGGAAAGACCGUUGUUUACCUUGUGGCUUUCCAUCUGUUCUUUGUUAUGUUUGUAUGGUCCUAUUGGAUGACAAUAUUCACAUCUCCUGCUUGCCCCUCCAAAGAGUUCUACUUAUCCAAUUCUGAAAAGGAACGUUAUGAAAAGGAAUUUAGCCAAGAGAGACAACAAGAAAUUUUGAGACGAGCAGCAAGAGAUUUACCUAUCUACACCACAUCAACUUCAAAAGCUAUCCGAUAUUGUGAAAAAUGUCAGUUGAUUAAACCUGAUCGGGCACAUCACUGCUCAGCAUGUGACACGUGUGUUCUUAAGAUGGAUCAUCACUGUCCUUGGGUGAAUAACUGUGUGGGAUUUACUAAUUACAAAUUCUUCAUGCUGUUUUUAUUGUAUUCCCUACUAUAUUGCCUUUUUGUGGCUACAACAGUUUUAGAGUAUUUUAUAAAAUUUUGGACGAAUGAACUGGCAGAUACACGUGCAAAAUUCCAUGUACUUUUUCUUUUCUUUGUGUCUGCAAUGUUCUUCGUCAGUGUGCUCUCGCUGUUUAGCUACCACUGCUGGCUAGUUGGAAAAAAUAGAACAACAAUAGAAUCAUUCCGUGCACCUAUGUUUUCUUAUGGAAUAGAUGGAAAUGGUUUCUCUCUUGGAUGCAGUAAAAAUUGGAGACAAGUCUUUGGUGAUGAAAAGAAAUAUUGGCUAAUUCCAGUAUUUUCAAGCUUGGGAGAUGGUUGCAGUUUUCCAACUCGCCUUGUGGGGAUGGAUCCAGAGCAAGCUUCUGUUACAAACCAAAAUGAAUAUGCCAGAAGUAUUGGCUCAAGUCAACCUUUUCCUAUUAAACCACUUAGUGAAUCAAAAAACCGUUUGUUGGACAGUGAAUCUCAGUGGCUAGAGAAUGGAGCUGAAGAAGGAGUCACCAGAUCAGGGACAAAUAACCAUGUUACAGUGGCAAUAGAAAAUUGAGCACUGCUUGUUCAUAACUAACCAUUUGGUAAGAGCAAGGUAUAUAAAAACACAUUUUGGACUAAUGUCAAUUUUAUUUGCAAGAAAAAUGAUUGGUGGAAUGAAAUAAUUGAAGUAUAACAAGAUAUAUUUUUAAAAAGGAAGCCUUUGUACAGUUUGCUGGAUCCACAGAAGCACUACAGAGCAGAAAGAUGCCUUAAUUUUAAGUGUCCAUUUGUGCACCAUUGACUCACAGCUCAAAAGUGACUUACUUUUCCUUUGGAAAUAACAGCUGUUCUGAGAUGCUAUUAUAUGAGCUAUCAUCACAUGUUAACAUGGCAUAUGUAUUUUUUUUAACACCUGAGUUACAAUAUUAGAGUUAUUUCUUAGUAUCCACAUAAAUUUUCACCCAAAAACACAGACUAAAGACUUGUCUUAAGUGAAGCAUAUCUAGGGCAGAUGGCAGCUAAGAAUGAAUGAGAGCCAAAUUACUGUUUCUUGUACUGUAUAAGGGAAAGAAUACUGCUUUUUAAUUAGAUGUUUACUAAUUUAUAAUUACUGUUUUAUACUUUUCAACAUUUUUAAUAAAGAUUUUUUUAUUAUUGGCUAUAAAAUAACACUCAGAAGGAUUCAGCUAUCUAAAUAUAAUCAUUUAGAACAGAGAACACAUUGAUAUAGUUCAAUGAAGGUUUAGUUAGAAGCAUUAAUAGAAGCCAAGUGGCAUAUGCCUGUAAUCCAACACUCUGGAGGCUGAGGCAGGAUUGCUGCGAGUUAGAGUCUAGCCUGGGCUAUAUUGAGAGACCCUUUCUCUAAAAAGCAGAGAAAAAGAAGUAUUAAUACAACCAUGAAGUAUAGUAUGCACCCAAGGCUGGAAGAAAACAUGGUAAUGAAACAAAUAUUUUGGUUUUCAGUUAUUUUUCUUUAAUUUUCAGGAGUAUUUAUGUGGGCAGGGAAGCACAGAGUUACAUGUGCUAUAAAUGAACAAAGUAUGAAAAGGUGUCAGUGGCUUAAAGAGAGAUUGGAAGAAGGGAUAUUAUAAACAGUUAAAAAGUAUUUUUAGUCCUGAAACUGUUUAGGAUAAAACGUGCUAUUGAGAUGAGUUUCAAUUUAGGUAAUCGAAAAAUUAUUAUGAGGCCAGGCAUGGUGGCGCAUGCCUUUAAUCCCAGCACUUGGGAGGCAGAGGCAGGUGGAUUUCUGUGAGUUGGAGGCCAGCCUGUUCUACAUAGAGAAUUCCAGGUCAGCUGGGGCUACAGGAAGACCCUGUCUCAAAAAGACUUAUAUAUUAUUAUGGAAUGGUUAUAUAAUCUGUAACCGCCUAAAACAUGACCAAAAAUGCAGUUUACAUGAAGGGGAAAUACCUUAGAAUAAUAUGUCAGGAAGAGAGUUGUGUUAUGACCUGUGUAACUGUUUAAAAUUCCCAGUCUUGGGCCAGGUACAUGGUUUAGCAGAUAAAGGUACUUGCCAUGAAAUCUGAUAACCUGAGUUAGAUUCCUGGAACCCCAUGUGAGUCCCCCACAUGGCAG